AGAAAAAGAAAAAGAAAAAGCCCAUCUCUCUCUCUCUCUUAAAAAGAAAAGAAGGGAGUCAAAUCUCAACAUGCAAGUGAAAAAACGGAGGCUCUUCUCAGUUACCCAAAACUAGGUUUCCCAUGUUCUUCUUCGUCUUCCCCAUCACCCUCUGAGAUAUAGAAACUAGAAAGAGAGAGAGAGAUUGAGAACGAAGAGCCCAGUGAUAAUCAUUUUCUCGUCUUCCUGCUUUCGUUCUCUUUCUCUCUCCUCGGCCUGAGUUUCAUCUUUCUGGUUUCUCAUUUUCUAUUUCCGUGAAAGUCUCGAUUUGUUUCUCAAUCUUUCCGCUGCUUUCUAUUCCGGGUUUUCAACACAAGAAGAACGAGCGAUUCUGGUUCAUAUUCCUUUUGGUCCUUUUUUAUUUUAUAGGAAGAUAAAAGCAUCGAGUGUUUUUAUUUUAUGAACUUCGGGGGUCUGCUCGAUAACUCCUCCGGCGGCGGCGGCGGCUCGAGGAUCCUCUCCGACAUAUCUUAUGUCAACCACCCCAACGCCAAUCCCCGCGGAGCCAUGUCUCUCUUCUCUCCUCCUUUCUCUAAAUCUGUCUUUUCCUCUCCAGGCCUCUCUCUCGCCAUCGUGCAACCGGAGAGAGAGAACCGUGGGGAAGCGUCCAUGAGAGCAAGCGGCGAUAAUCUGGAAGGGAGUGCCAACCGGAGAAGCCGAGAAGAAGAGCAUGAGAGCAGAUCUGGGAGCGAUAACGUCGAAGGAAUCUCCGGCGACGAUCAAGACGCCGCCGAUAAGCCGCCCAGGAAGAAGCGAUACCACCGACACACUCCUCAGCAAAUCCAGGAGCUCGAAGCCAUGUUCAAAGAAUGUCCCCAUCCCGACGAGAAACAGCGGUUGGAGUUGAGCAAGAGACUUUGCUUGGAGACAAGACAAGUCAAGUUCUGGUUCCAGAACCGCCGCACUCAGAUGAAGACGCAGCUGGAGCGGCAUGAGAACGCGUUGCUCCGACAAGAAAACGAUAAGCUAAGAGCAGAGAACAUGUCGAUACGCGAAGCCAUGCGUAACCCAAUCUGCAGCAGCUGCGGAGGACCCGCCAUGCUCGGCGACGUUUCCCUCGAAGAGCAACACCUCAGAAUCGAGAACGCACGUCUCAAGGACGAGCUCGACCGAGUCUGCGCCCUCGCCGGCAAAUUCCUCGGACGCUCCAUUUCUGGCGAUCCACCUCUCCCCAACUCCUCGCUCGAGCUCGGUGUCGGCACCACAGCCUCCGCCAACGCCGGCGGCUUCGGAUUUCCGCCGGAUUUUGGGAUAUCGAGCACCGCUGUCAGAUGUUUGCCAACGAUACCUCCGCAGCCAUUGGUUUCUGGGGUUACCGGGAUCGAUCAGAGGUCUGUUCUGUUGGAGCUGGCUCUGACCGCCAUGGAUGAGCUUGUGAAGCUGGCUCAGACGGAUGAGCCGUUGUGGGUAAAAGGCUUGGACGACGAGAGAGAGAUUCUUAACCAAGAGGAGUACGUCAGAAGUUUCCCGCCCACCGUCGGUCUGAAGCCGGCCGGCUUUGUGACUGAAGCCUCUAGAACCACCGGUAUGGUCAUCAUCAACAGUCUGGCCCUCGUCGAGACCUUGAUGGACUCUAACCGGUGGACGGAGAUGUUCCCAUGCAUCAUAUCAAGAGCCUCGACCACCGAUGUGAUCUCCGGCGGAAUGGCCGGAACAAGAAACGGUGCAAUUCAGCUGAUGCACGCGGAGCUUCAAGUGUUGUCUCCAUUGGUUCCGGUACGCGAGGCGAAUUUCCUCCGGUUCUGCAAGCAGCACGCGGAGGGCGUGUGGGCGGUGGUUGACGUCUCUGUCGACGGAGUCCGUGAAAAUUCGGGCUGUUUGCCGGCGAUGUCUCUCCGGCGGCUUCCUUCCGGCUGCGUGGUUCAGGAUAUGCCCAACGGAUACUCCAAGGUGACGUGGGUGGAGCAUGCAGAGUACGAGGAGAACCAAGUCCACCAGCUAUACCGGCCGAUGCUGAGGUCUGGCCUCGGCUUUGGUGCUCAGCGUUGGGUCGCCACGCUGCAGCGUCAAUGCGAGUGUCUCGCCAUCCUCAUGUCCUCCUCUGUCAACCCUCCUGACAACGGCGCCAUAACGGCAGGCGGGCGGAAGAGCAUGCUGAAGCUGGCACAGAGGAUGACUUACAACUUCUGCUCGGGCAUAUCGGCGCCGUCCGUGCAGAGCUGGAGCAAGCUGACGGUGGGACACGUGGGCCCUGACGUGAGGGUAAUGACGAGAAAGAGCGUGGACGACCCUGGUGAGCCGCCUGGGAUAGUGCUGAGCGCCGCCACGUCGGUGUGGGUGCCUGGGUCGCCGCAGCGGCUCUUUGACUUCCUAAGGGACGAACGGCUCAGAUGCGAGUGGGAUAUUCUAUCCAACGGUGGCCCCAUGCAGGAGAUGGCUCACAUCGCCAAAGGCCAAGAUGAGGGCAACUCCGUCUGUCUCCUCCGCUCUAAUGCCAUGAACGCAAGCCAGAGCAGUAUGCUCAUACUGCAGGAGACGCGCAUAGACGCAUCCGGAGCGCUUGUCGUGUACGCGCCUGUUGACAUACCCGCCAUGCACGUCGUCAUGAACGGUGGAGAUUCUUCCUACGUGGCUCUCCUCCCCUCUGGCUUCGCCAUCCUCCCCGACGGAGGUGGUCCCUCCUCCCCCCACGGCGGUGGGGGCUCGCCCCGUGGUCCCGCCUCCCCCCACGGCGGUGGGGUCUCGCCUCGUCCCCCCGCCCCCCGUGGGUCCCUCCUUACGGUGGCGUUUCAGAUACUUGUCAACAGCCUCCCCACCGCCAAACUGACGGUGGAGUCGGUGGAGACCGUUAACAACCUUAUAACGUGCACCGUUCAGAAGAUCCGGGCUGCCCUACACUCCGACAGCUGAUCUCUGCUGCCUCCCUUCGGCCUUUUCUUCCUUGUGGUUUCUUUUUUUUUUUUCCUUUAAAAAAACUUUUUUAACCAUUUCUUAUGUUGUUUAAUUAUGGGGGUGUCGAGUCAAGAACGAACCGCGCGUGGGGGUGAAAGCCGACUCCUUUCAUGGCGUUCGGAAGGGCGAAACCGUCUUUUUGAGUAGCUGUGAAGGGUGGUGGUUCGGGUAUUGACUCGGGUCUGAAACCCCGUUUAAUCUGUGGCUCUAACGGACCAGCUAUAUAUACAUAUAGAUGUCUUUUGUGUGAUUCUUUC